AUGAGUGAAAAUAUCUAUAAUGAAAUUAUGGAUUUAGUCAAAGAGAAGGAUCAAGCCAUAAAAGAAUUAUUCAGACUAAGAACGUACAAUGAAAAAGAGAUAGAUAUGAUAUACAAAAACUUAAAGGACAUAUUUAUAGAAACAAAAAUAUUGUUACCAACUGAGAUGAUGGGAAUUAUUUUCACUGCUGCAAAAUUAAAUAAUAAGUACCUUAAAUCAUAUAUAUACAUAUUUCGAAAGAUUUAUGAUGAAUACUUUGACACUAUCAAAAUUGUUUCAAAUUCAUCUUUGAAAUUAUUUGAUGAAAAUUAUUCUUCAGAUUACAAAAUAUUUAAAGAUAGUCUGAAUGAACAGAACCAAUUACUUUCUAUUUUUGAUAAUAACCCAUUAUACAAAGCAAUUUUAGAUGAUGACAUCAAAUUAUUUAUCUCAAUCAUAGAAAGUUUUGAUAGUGAUAUUUCUCUAUCAUCGCAAAUCAGAAAUAAUUUAUUUCCAUACUUUGGAACAUAUUCAUUGAUCGAAUUAUGUUGUUAUUAUGGAGCUGUUAAUUGUUUUAAGUAUUUGAUAUUAGAACGCAAAUCAAAAAUCACUUCAAAAUGUCUUUUAAAUUCUUUUCUGAGUGGAAUUCCUGACAUCUUGAAUGAAUGUUUGAAAUAUUUCAAACCUGAUUUAAAAUGUAUGGAAUAUGCAAUUUCAUUGCAUAACAUUGAUUUUACUUGUUUUCUAAAUAAUGAAUUCGGUAUUAAAAUCGACACAAAUAAGUGCAUCAAAUAUUACAAUCUCCAAGCCCUUGCUGUUUAUAUAGAUAAAACAAAAGAUGUUAAUAUUGGUUAUGUUAUGUCGCCACUUUUUAAUAUUCAUCCUCUUUCUGAAUAUUUUAUUCUCCAUGGAUCAAAAAUCAAUUCAAAAAAUAAAGAUUGGAAAAAUGCACUUCAUUAUGCAGCAAUGAAAAAUUCUAAAGAGAUUGCAAAAUUUCUUGUUUCAAAGAAUAUUGAUAUCAGCGCUAGAGAUAUAAAUGGAUUCACAGCACUUCAUUAUGCAGUGAAGUUUAAUAGUAUCGAAACUUUAGAAACUAUUGUUUCGAAUUCUUCUUCUAUUAAUUUUACAGAUGUCGAUGGAAGUACUGCACUUCAUAAUGCAGCACGUAAUAACAACAUGGAAAUAUUAGAAAUGCUUAUUAAACAUGGGGCAAAUGUCAAUGAAAAAGAUAAAUAUGGUCGUACAGCUCUCUCCAUUGCGACAUUCAAUAAUUCAUAA